CUAAACGCCCCUCAUUUUUGAAAAUCAAAAGGCACUGUUUUCCAUGUGGUGUGGGUGUACUCUGUGAUCAAUAAAAACCAAAGUUCAACUCAUUUGCACAAAUUUUGGACCCCGCUCAAUGGGCUCAAAUAUCAAAUUUUGGCCUCAAAAAUCCAUAUAAUGACCGGUAAGAUAACCUUCAAAAUAAAAAUCUCAAAGGCACUGUUUUUUGAUUGAUUUUUUAUGUUCAUAUGAUCAUUUUAAGCCUAACUUUAUGAUAAUUGAAUAAGACUAAGACUGUGCUCAAGAAUUUUGGACACUGAGGUCUGACCCGGUUUCCUUAAAAAUUAACCGGUUUUUAAAACAUUUUUUAUUAAACGGUUUGUUUAUUUUACUAAGAUCGCGAUAAUUUUAGACGUCCUAUGCAGUAAUUAAUUUUUUCGCAUAGAAAAAUCGUUGAAUAAUUUUAGUUUUAGAUAAUUAUGGGAAAAGACACAAGAUCAAAAUAUAAAGUUUUUUUGAUAAAUGAUAUUAUCGAAAUACUAUCAUCAUCUCAAUUGCCUACUGGAGAGCAAGUUCUGCAAUAUUUACAUGGCAAACUAUUCAAAGCAAGAAAAGAAAAUUUAAAAUAUAGACUCUGUGAUAUGGUUUCUUGCAAAUUUCCACAUGGGAGUUUUGAAAUUGGUUGCAAUAACCCUGGAGGGUGUAAUUUUCUUAAAAGCACAUGUGUUGUUUCGUCACUGAAGAAAAUCUGGAAAAGAAGUGCAAUCCCAAUAGUAGCUGACCAACAUAUUAGAAGUAAGAUAUUGUGCUUGGAAGAUCGUAGAAAGAAACUAUCAAAGAACAAAUUACGUGACACACCACACAAUUUAAGAAAAAUAGACGCUUACAAACUUGAAAUAAAGUGCUUAUUUGAUAUUAGUGUGAAUGAUGCACAGCAAAAAAUUCUAUUGAAUAAGCAAGUCACUAAAAAGGAAAGAAAUAUUGAUAUAAACUUUUUGAAUGAUCAACGAGGAGAACGUAAAGCUGUCAUGGGUGGAAUAGACAAGAAGUACUUAUUUACUACUCGUAGAAAGCAAAAGGGGAUUGAGUUUACCAAUAAGAGAAUGACUACUUCAAAUAGUAACAGAUUAGCUUCUGAAUUUAUAACCAGUUUAACUUUAAAUCAGGUUAGAAAUAGCAGUGUAGAAGCACAGAACAAAGAGGAUAAUCAAGAUUUUGAAUAUCAAAAGGACUGCAAACCAAGAUCUCAUAAGAGAAAACCAGAUUUUGUUGAAGUUAUGCUACCUAGAAAAAUCUUAAAGGCCACUGCUGUUACAGCAAAGAGAUACGGUAUUCAGAGUUCAGCGCAUACCGCUACAUUGGCUAAUGUUAUCAACUCAGCAGGCGGAAAUCUAAAGGACUUUGAUAUUUCUGUUACGUCAGCAAAGGUUCAUUCAAGUGCUGUAAUUAGUGAAUAUGGUUUAAAAGUUAAAGAAGAUUUUAUUGUAAAAGCUAAGGGGAAACUACUUUGUGUUCAUUUUGACACAAAAUUAGUAAAAGAGUAUUUUUAUGGUGCGAAUAUAAAUGUUGAGCGGUUAGCACUAGUGAUUUCAAGUCCUAGUAUUGAUAAAGAACAACUUAUUGGAGUUCUUUCUAUCACAGAUAGUCGUGGAAUAACACAAGCAAAAGCAAUUAAGGAAAUACUGGAAUCUUGGAAUCUCUGGGAUUCGGUACAUAGUGUAUGUUUUGACACUACAUCUUCAAAUACAGGCUGGAUGCAGGGUGCCUGUGUAUUGCUAGAAAAAUGGCAGGGCAGACCAUUACUAUGGUUUGCCUGCAGACAUCACAUAUAUGAGCUUCAUAUUAAGCAUGUAGCACUUGCAGUUUCUGGAAAUAUGUCUGAUGGACCAGUUGAUAAUCUUUUCAAAAAAAUUCAAAAUUUCUGGGAAACUAUUAAGCCUGACAUAAAUUUAAACAAUCUUAACAGGUUUGAAUGGAGCAAGAGAAAAGGAACAUUUUUAGAAGAACAGGCUCUAAAAACCAAAAUAUAUCUUGAAUACGCCUUGUUUACAGAAAAGUUUCCUCGUGGUGACUAUAAGCAUUUAGCAGAACUUGUUUUGGUUUGGCUAGGCAGUGAUAAGCUUGGAAAUUUUAAGUUUCGUAAACCUAUAGCUUUUCAUCAUGCAAGAUUUCUUUCAAAAGCUAUCUACUACAUGACAAUAGAACUGCUUACAUUUCAUUUGCAACAAUUUGAUAUAAUUAGGGAAGAAGAAAUAGCAACAGUCCCUCAAAUUGCUGAGUUUAUUGGGCUUUUUCAUGCAAGAUGGUUUCUGAAAGCACCAUUGGCAGUUUCUUCUCCUUCUUUAGACUUAUGUGCAAUCAGGGAUAUGACCAAGUAUGGAUCAUUUAACAAAACUGUGUCAACUACUGCUAUUAAAAGUAUUAAAAAUCACUUAUGGUUUCUUACAGAACGAAAUGUUGUGUUUGCUCUUUGCGACGAAACACUUGACAAUAACAUUAGAGAAAAAAUUGCCAAAAAGCUAUUUUUAUAUCCUAGACCUUCAAAUUUAACAUUGGGAAAACCACUUUUUCCAAAUAUUGACAUAAAAAAAAUUCCAGAGUUAUGGCAACUGGUUGGACCUCAAAGUUGGAUUCUCAUUCAGCAGCUAAAUUUAUCUGUAAUAGAAACAGAAUGGAUGCAAGUUAGCUCCAAAGAUUGGAAUAAUUUCUCAGGAUAUAGAGUUCUGAAAACAUUCGUAGAAAAAUUAACAGUAAUAAAUGAUUGUGCUGAGAGAGGAGUAAAGCUCAUCCAAGACUUUACACACAUUUGCCAGGAUGAGGAGUUAAAGCAAUCUUUGAUGAUUUCAAUUUCAAAUCACAGACAAAAGUUUUCAGUCAAUUCCAAAAAGAAUUUGUCUGAAAUUCUUUAACAUGCAAUUGUUACAUGAAAUUGUUUAUAUGAUUAUUAAAUAUCAAUAUAUAUAUCAAAAGUUGUUAUUUCAUAUAUUUAUGCCAGGUUUAUUUAUAAA